CCCAGACCUCAUUGGAUCGUCCCUGUGCUGCAAUCCACACCUUGCUCGCCGGAAACUAUACACCCACCCGACGGCCCCUUCCAACGGCGGACCAAACCCUAGCUCGUACCGCCGAAGCAGGGGCACCUGCCCCCCUUGCAGAUCCGCCCCUGGCUAUAAUCGCAGUGUCUCUUUACAUCCAGCCUUCUUUCCUCUCGUCUUCUUCUCCUUAUGCUCGCCCAGUUGUGGCUGGAAAAAAAAUCAACCUCUGAAGUUUAUUAUCUUUGUCGCAGCCCCUCUUCAAUUCUGCAGUAGGCUAUUUCUUGUCGUCGGCAUCUUGGCACUGAAAUCCGGUCGGUUUUAACAAUUUCCUGGCCAGAUUUUUCGGAUUUUGACCGGUUUAACCAAAGUUUGACCGGUUUUCACCAUUUUUCCGGUUUUUGGCAUGUAAACCGGUAAAAUCAUUGUUCAAACUUCAAAUACGGCGUAAACCGAUCCGGGGGGUCCGUGAGAUGUACGCUAUUUGUUUGCUUUACAUAUAACCUGCCUCUUGUUCAUUCUUCUUGUAGACGAUCAUUUUUUCUUUUUCAGUUGAAAUGGCUACAGAUAUGUACUCGGAACGUCCACUUUUUGGUGGCGCCAUCGCUUCUACAUUUCCCAGCCGCUUCCAGGACGUUAGUACUAUACGCCAAGUUCCCGAUAAUCAGGAGGUGUUUGUGGAUCCCGCCCGGGAUGAGAGUUUGAUAUUUGAGCUUCUUGAAUUGAAGCAAGAUGUGGCGGAUGAUGGAAGUGCCACUUGGUUUCUUCAGGACCUUGCUAAUGAGCAGGAUGCGGAGGGAGCCAUUUUGAUUGAGAAGUCAGAGGUGUUUGAUGUUCCUGGACUGCGCUUCAGGGCCUUGCCUUCUUUCAUUUCUACUGCUGUUGGUCAAAUGGCUAUAUCAAAGGGAAGGCAAGGGAGGGAAGCACAAAACUUGGUCAAGGUUUAUUUGGCAAAUGUGCGACUCAAGGAAGUUACUACUGAUGUUCUGAUCACAGCAUAUGAGCCUAUUGUAAUCAACUCGUUAAGUGAAAGCGCAACCACAGUUGGGGCUGGUAUAGCUGUUCCUGCUGAGCAAGCUGGAUGUAUGCCAAUGUCUGAGGUCUUUAAACUUGCGGUUUCCAGCUUUAAAGUGUACAAUUGGGGACUUUUUAGUACUGGUUGAAGUUGAAGUCCGCAAAGAUUCCAUUUCAGUAUAGAGUCUAGUGUGUGUGUAUGUGUGUGUUUGUAUGGAAUUCUUUUUCUGUAAUGAAAUUACGUAGUAGUAUGUAAAUGUUGCCUAGCCCACAUUCAGUUUUACAUUAUUCUAUGCUAUUUUUCUUACUUCAAGGGGGGUUUUCAGCAAAUACUUGAUCAUCUUUUACCCUAUGCAUCUUUGCCCUCUAACCCUCUUGGGUUCUAGUCCAGUUUUGCAUAUUUCAGAUUUAACAUUUGGCUUCAAUAUCCCCACUCC